UCCUGUCAAAAUGGCCUUCACAGCAGAAAAAGAUGAACCCUUUCUGUUCCCGUCAACGGAUGAUCAACGUGACCCUCCCAAAUUCUUCUCUUCAGACCUUCUUUCAUCGCCUUUACCCACACAUUCUUUCUUCCAGAACUUUGUUGAAGCAGAUGGCAACAACCCAGUGUACAUUCACCCUUACCUCAUCAAAUCAUCAGCUUCCUCUGUUUCUCUCUGCUAUCCAUCUAGCCGUGCUGAUUAUCGUUACAUAUACCAGGUAUUCAAAGCUGAUCUCACCAUCUCUUCCUCAACUCAACAAACUCAACAAGGUUCUCAUUCUCAUCCUCAUGUCAUAUCUUCCUUCGGUGAUCUUAGUUUCACUUUGGAUACUCCUUCUUCUGAUCUUACCUUCUUCCUUGUUAGGGGAAGCCCUUAUGUCACUUUCUCUGCAUCCCAUCACACAUCAUUAAUUUCCAUAGCCACUGUGCACAAAUUUUGUUCCUUUACUUCAAAUGAUACAUUCACUAAGUAUACACUUAAGCUUGACAAUGAUCAGACAUGGCUUCUAUACGCUUCUUUACCAAUCAAGUUUAGUUACAGCAAUGACAUUGUUGCUUUCUCUAAGGCUAUUACUUCUGCUGGUAAUGAUGGAGGCGGGGUUCCUCUGGUAGUAAGGAUAGCAUUGUUGCCAAAUUCAAGUUCACAACUUGAGCAUGUUCUUGACAGGUACAGCACUUGCUACCCUGUAUCUGGUGAUGCUUUGUUUACUAAGCUGUAUUGUGUUGAAUAUAAGUGGGAGAAGAGAGGGUUUGGUGAUUUGUUAAUGUUAGCACAUCCUCUCCAUCUUCAACUUUUAUCCAAGGAUGAGGGUAACAUUACUGUUCUUGAAGAUCUUAAAUAUAGGAGCAUUGAUGGUAACCUUGUUUGUGUUGUUGGAGAUUCAUGGUCAUUGAAAGCAGAUCAUAUUCCUGUAACUUGGCACUCUAUCAGAGGUGUUAACCUACGUUUCCGUGAUGAAAUCAAAUCAGCUCUUUCCAAAGAUGUUGCUGCCCUAGGUUCUCUUGGCAUAACAACAAAUGAGGCUUACUAUGAUGGGAGAAUCAUUGCAAAAGCAGCAAGGUUGGCUCUAAUAGCUGAAGAAGUUGGCUUUGUUGAUGUUAUCCCAGCUGUGAAGGAGUUCUUGCAUGAAAUGAUUCAGCAAUGGUUGGAUGGAACUUCUGAUGGAAAAGGUUUGCAAUAUGGUGUAAAAUGGGGAAGGAUUCAUAUUGAAGCACACAGUGCCGGGUACUUCCUUUAUGGAAUUGCAGUGCUUGCAAAGAUUGAUCCAGCUUGGGGAAUGAAAUAUAAGCCGAAAGCCUACUCACUUAUGGCAAAUUUUAUGAACUUGGCAAGAGAAUCAAACUCGAAAUAUACACGUCUAAGGUGUUUUGAUCUGUACAAAUUGCACUCUUGGACUACAUACCUAUCGAAUCAUUGUGAUGAUGUUGGGAUGCAACAGAACAGCACCAGUGAAGCGAAUCAUUGUGAUGAUGUUGGGAUUCAACAGGACAGCACCAGUGAAGCUGUAAAUAUCUACUAUUCUGCUGCAUUGAUGGGCCUAGCUUAUGGUGACAUCCAUCUUGCUUCCAUUGGAUCAACUCUUGCAUCAUUGGAGAUUCAUGCUGCUAAGAUGUGGUGGCAUGUGAAAGAGGGUGAUAAUCUGUAUGGAGAUUAUUUUGCAGAAGAAAAUAAGUUAGUUGGUUCUCUUUUAGCUAACCAUAGACUGUGUAAAAUGCGCAAUUGUUAUACUGAGAGGGAGAUUAAGAUUGGCCUUCAUGUUUUACCCUUAUUGCCUAUUACUGAGUUCUUGUUCUCCAAUGUUGAUUUUGUUAAGGACCUUGUGAAGUCGACACCAUCUGAAUACAAUGAAGGAGACACAUGGAUGGGGUUUGUGUACGCACUUGAAGGAAUUUAUAACAAUCAAGUUGCAUUGAAGAAGAUUAGAAGCUUAAAGGAUUUUGAUGCUGGCAACACAAUGAGCAAUCUCUUGUGGUGGAUUCACAGCAGGCAUGAUUAUAGAAAAAUGGGAUCCUGUCAUGAGAAACAAUGUUGCUUUUGUCGUUACAGCUGUUGAGAAUUGACAAUGAUUUCAAUGUUUAUGGUUAAUACAUUGUGAUGAGGCUUAUCACUUUUGGA